GAUGGAUGCACCGUUCUAGUCGUCCCCGUUCUAGUGUCUUCUUCAUUUUUUGGGUGGUGGAGACUUGGUGGUGGACAGCAAGCGCGCGGCGGCGGCGGCGGCAAGCCAUGGAGUUCCUCGUGCAGACGAUACGUGGAUCUACUUUCCUGGAAUAGGUAGGCAAGAGUAUAGUGCCAGCUCCUGUGGUAGAAAAGGGUGCGGCACAGCAGACACGGGCGAUGGGGGAUGAAAAGCCACCGGAGCAGCACGUGCGGAACAGGAUCACAGCGUGCCGAGGGGGGGGGGGUCGCCGGCUGUUGCCAGCGUGGACGGUCAAAUCUUGGCGGCCGGCAGAGUGGCGGCAGAAAUAAGAGAGAACUCUCCGGCGGCUUCGGAACUGAUAACCGGGAAGAUGAACCCCCGGGCUCAUGGAUGGAACAAAAGGCUAAAGAUUGAAGCUGCAGCUCCCAGCAGAGCACCUUGCCCAAACCGUGUCAGCAAGAAGUCUCUGCGUAAUCUGAGUGGCAAGAUGAACAGUGAGAAUGCGAUGAAUGUUAUGAUGUGAAGAAGACGAUGGAUGUUUUUGCAGAGAUUGGAUCUAAAGAUCCACACUUCACAUACAGGGUUCAAGCUGCCGGUGAGGGGAGGAUCAAGAAUCUGAUGUGGGCAACUGGGAGCAUCAGGCUGCAGUACAACUUCUUUGACGAUGUCAUAACAUUCGAUACGACUUAUAGGACCAACCUAUAUGACAUGCCUUUCGGGAUUUUUGUUGGGGUGAACAAUCACUUUCAGAGUGUGAUAGGAUACUGGCUGGUGUUCUUGUUCGCGAAGAAACCCAAGAGAGUUUCGAGUGAGUUUUCUCAGAAUUCCUGAGAAUGAUGGGUGUUUCUGUACCCAUGACCAUACUUACAGACCAAAACCGUGCCAUGGAGCUGUCUAUCAUAAAUAUUAUGCCAGGGACAACACACAGAUGGUGCAAAUGGCACAUUUUGACGAAGGCCAAGGAGUCGUUGAGUCCUUUGUACACAAAGAAAAGCGACUUCAGGAGGUCGAACAGCUGGUGUAGGUGUUCAAACAACUUUGGAUGUCAGUCAGAGUGGUGUUAUCAGAGUAUCACGCGUUGCAAGGCAUACACGCAUGGGUGGCAGUGGCAUCGAUGGAGCGCAGAGCAAUGUAAACCAGUCAAGGAUCCGUAGGAGGAGGAAGAGGUUGAAACGAAAGGGGAGUAUGAAAAUAAAGAAGGUCCGCUUCUCGCACAUUGUUGAGACAAUAUGUCCAACUGAUAGCUCGUAAACAGAUGACAUUAGCAGCAACGCUGGGAACAUUGCAAGUCAGGAAGAUAAUGGACGUCCUAUCCGAGCAACAGGUUUAUCCCAGAACACAGGUAAUGGACAGGUGCUCACUCGAGUGACACGGCGUGCGGGGUGAGAAUACAUGGCUGGUGGAGUCGUACCAGCUAGUCCAGCAUUGAGGAAUGACUGCAAUGAAGCUGCUGAAGCAAAUCCUGGUGGGUACAGGUUGCAGUGGACAAAAAAACUCUUUCUCCCUGUGGAAAUGAUGGGAGGCUUUUCUUAUUAUGUGGUGGACAUUGAGGAGAGGACUCUUGUUGUUUUGGAUCCAACAGAGACGAGCAUCCACAAUGAUGAGAUGAGUGUGAAACACAAAGUUAAUGCGAACCUGGUGCUGAGGGCACUUCGGCGGUGCCUCAGCAAUCAUUUCGCUGACUGCGAGGGCUGCUGGAUUUACCUUGGUCACUACUGGAGGGUCUACAAUGGACUGUACCUUGAGAGGCAGCUCGGAGAGUUUAAGUUGGCUUAUCUGAAGCAACAACUUGUAUAUGAAGUGAUCACCAUGAGGGGGAGCAGGGGUGAGCUCCCGAUCUUCAUGAUCGAGGAAGUCCUGUUCUAGACGAAGGUAACCACCUUGUCGUGACAAGUUGGGCAAGGAAUCAGCGGAAGCACCUGCUCGAGCUGCCAUGGUUUUCGAUCUGGGUGUUCAC